AUGCUAGUGAAAAAUAACCACCUUUCAGACAAGAUCAUUGUUUUGCCAGGAAAAAUUGAAGAAAUCUCACUUCCUGAGUUGGUAGAUGUGAUUAUUUCUGAACCAAUGGGAUACUUGCUUUUCAAUGAAAGGAUGCUGGAGAGUUACCUUCAUUCCAAAAAAUGGCUAAAAGCAAAUGGAAUGAUGUUCCCAACAUCCAGUGACAUUCAUGUGGCCCCCUUUUCUGAUGAGCAGCUCUACAUGGAACACUACUCCAGAGCCAACUUUUGGUACCAGCAGUGCUUCUAUGGAGUCAACCUGUCCAGUCUCCGAGGGGCGGCAAUGGAGGAAUACUUCAGACAGCCUAUAGUAGACACAUUUGACAUUCGGAUUUUGAUGGCUCGGACAGUCAAAUACACAGUAAAUUUUAUGCAUGCAAAAGAGGAAGAUCUACACAGAGUAGAAAUUCCCUUUGUGUUCCAGAUGGCACAGUCUGGCCUCAUCCACGGCCUAGCAUUCUGGUUUGAUGUGGCCUUUGUUGGAUCUCUGGUAACAGUUUGGCUGUCAACAGCCCCAACUGAGCCUCUGACUCAUUGGUAUCAGGUGCGGUGUCUUCUUCAGACCCCUCUCUUUGCCAAGGAAGGGGAGACUCUCUCAGGGAAGGUGCUAUUUGUAGCCAAUAAACGGUAA